AUGAGCGCUAUGGCAUCGAUGGUGACCGACGACAAUGGCGACGGGACUCCCACCAACGUGCUGCCGCCGCCAGACAACGACGACGAGCUGCUCUUCGAGUCGGCGUCGUCGGACGGCGAGCUGCGCUUCGCGGAGGCCUCGUCCGACGACGAACCCCCGCCGGCGCCCGCGCCGCGGCCGAAGCGGCGCAAGCACGACGUCUCCUCGGACUCGUCGGACGACGAGGCCGCCGCCCCGGCGCCGCCGCCGCCGCGCAAGAAGCCCCCCAAAGCCGAAACCAUCGACGUCGACGCCGAAGCACCGAUCGACGUCGACGUCGACGACGACGCGCCCGCGCCGACGCCGCCGUCGCCGCGCGCGCCGCCGGAGACGCCCAUCGACGUCGACGCGCUCGACUCGGACGACGGCGCGCCGCCGCCGCCGCCGCCCGCGCCGCGGCGCCCGCGCGUCGACGACGACCUCGAGGCGCACGCGCUGUCGCGCGGCGAGCGGCCCGGGGGCGGCGCGCCGUUCGGCGGCGGCGAGGCGCCGCGGCCUGAACGCUACGCGCCCUUCGGCGGCGACGCGGAGCUGCGCCGGGCCCCCGCCGAGUCACGGCGGCGGGACCUCGAGAAGUUGUUUGGAAGACUCCGCCUCGUAGGGGAGAUCAAUUUAGCUGACACGCGGCCCAGCUCGAAGCCGGCCGAGAUUCCUGGGUACAUGGCGAAGGUGUACCAGUCCGGCGACAAAAUCGCGCAACUCUGCGGUGUGCGCCUCGCCAUCGACGGCGGGCGCAUGGUGCGAGGCGCCGACAAAGUGGUGCCGCACAUUUUUCAUGACCCGAUUCACCCGAAGGUCCGCAAGAAUGUGCCGGCCAACGACGAAAAGCGCCGGAAACAGGACCGCGGCUCGUUGAUGGCCGUCGUCUGCGGGGAAGUUAUCGCGCGCUUGAGGUGCGGUGCCAAAGGUGUCGUCAUCUGCCGCGAGGGCUGCGACUCCACUGGUGACGCCUGGACCAGCACCGAGCGCGACGUGUACGACGAGCUCCGAAGACUGAACGUCGUCGAAUGCAUCUGCGUGAGAGGCGUGCCCGCCGAGGUGACGGCCGCGGCGGUGGCCGCGACGGACCCCGACUGCGUCGCGGACACUGUGGACCACAGCGACUGCUGCGCGGCCUCAGUUGAUGGUUGCUCGUACGAGUUCGUCUGUCAAUCUGCCUGCGGGGCCGGGUGGUACUCCCUCGAAAAAGUGAGGACGAACUACGCCAACGCCUCGCUCCGUGUUGUUACGUUUAGCCUCGAAGGCACCCAGAUCGGCCCCGAUCACGCGUUGGCAUUGUGCGCGUGUCUGCUACGCGACGACGAGGCGCGCCAUGAAAGGAGCUGGUCCCUGGUCUCGCUCGUCGCCGGCGUCCGCUCGGACUCGCUAAAGCGCCUAGACAGAGAGCAGGACGCUUCGUACGUCCCGCGGACGAAAAUGGCGCGCGUCGCGCGCGAGAAGGUCAUGGUCGUCUUUGCAAGCGCGCUGAGCGCGUGCAGCGACCCGUUGGCGAAGUUCCGCUCGAUGCUCACGGAGCGAUCGAGGGCAGUGGACGUGACGUCGAGCCCGCCUCCGUUCAACGCGGAUCUUCGCGGCGACGCGGCGCUGGCGAAAUGCUCGGCCGGGAACCGUGAGGGCCGCGACGCGGGCCCGCGGCUCGUCGCUUCGCGAUUGUACUUUUUGGAAGGAACCGUCCAAUCACGAGUUCCGAGUCUUCGUGGACGAGUAUUUAAUUUCGAAUUUUAUGAUGUCGUUUUUGCCCCCCAUAGCGGCAAAGCACGGCGCUAA